AAGCAGCACUGCUAGCUAGCAGGCACCACUACCAUCACACUUAAGAGGUUAGACAGACAGACAAACAGAGCAGUUCAAUCAACCUACAGACGUUCCAAUGGAAAUUUCAAGACAACUCAGUGACAAUGUGAUAGCCUUGGCUUUGCUGCUCUGUAUGGGUGCACUGCAGGUGUGGUGUCAGCUGUGCCCAGGACCAUGCCAGUGCCCCAACCCCGUGCCCCAGUGCCCAGCAGGAGUCCCUCUGGUCCUGGACGGCUGCCAGUGCUGCCAGGUGUGUGCCCGGCAGCAGGGCGAGGCCUGCAGCGACCUGUAUGUGUGUGACAGCCAGAGAGGACUACAGUGUGACUACAGCGCCAGCUUCCCCGGCGACCCUGGAGAGUGUGUCAGUCAGGAGGAGUUGGGCUGUGAGCUGAACGGGGUCUCCUACCAGGAUGGCCAGGUGUUCCAGCCCUCCUGUGCCACCCAGUGCCGCUGCCUGGGGGGAGGGGUGACUUGCGUGCCCCUGUGCCCUGAGGACGUCCAUCUUCCCAACCCAGACUGCCCACACCCCCAACAGGUACAGCUGCCUGGGAAGUGCUGCAAGGAGUGGGUCUGUGAGAACAUGGACAACACAGUCGUUCAGGAUGCCAUCACAGCCUCCAGUUUGUGGCCAGGCCUGUCGGGUCCCUCUAACUGUAUAGACCAGAGUACAGAGUGGAGCGCAUGUUCCCAAACCUGUGGCGCUGGGGUCUCCACGCGGGUCUCCAACAAGAACCCAGCCUGUCGGCUCGAGAUGCAGAGCCGUCUUUGUAAGGUCCGGCCCUGUCAGGCACUCCAGCCACACAGGAACCCCAUGUGGGCCCGGCAUUGUGAGCCCAGCUACAGGUCAGUGGUGCCAGUGAGACUGGUGCACCAGGGCUGCUACAGCACACGGGUCUACCGGCCCCGGUACUGCGGUCAGUGCACCGAUGCCCGCUGCUGUACCCCCUACCGGAUCAGCACGGCCUCGGUGGCCUUUCGGUGCCCUACCGGCAGGCUCCUUCACCGGGCAGUCAUGAUGAUCCAGUCCUGUGUCUGUCACUACAACUGCCCCUACUCAGCUUCAGGACCCUAUGCAGCUGCACCCUAUUCAGGCUCCGCACGCUCUCACCGGAGCCCUGCCGUGUGGGGCUAGACUUGACGUUCGAGUCAAUCCUCUGGGUCCUAUGCCUCCUUGAGAACCUAGGGCGUCCACCAUGGCUCUCCACCUCAAUCUUUUCUGAAUGGCUCCACUUUACUAAGUUGUUGUCGAGAUCUAGAGCCCUAUCCUACCCCUCUCCAUGUACUGACACGCUCAUACUGAGACCUGUCCAGACAGGACCUGGGAGCAACACUUUUGCUGUGUUCCAAUGUCCAUACAAGUGCACUCCUUCUAAGUGGUAUACCAGUAUGAAUAUUUGAACAGAGCUUCUGUCUAUCAUGGCUUGAUCCAGCAGGUGUAGCCCACUUCAUAGGAUAGAUGGGGGAAGUGAAAAGAUCUUCUAGGUGAUAAACUGUGACUGAGUCGGGGGAAGAAAGCCCUGAUAUGAAUGGACAAGCUCCGUCUGCACUAAGACCUCCACUCUAUUCCACUCUAUCACAUCUCAUAAGGUGACCUCAUGAGGAAAAGAAUAGGUCAGGAAACCUUAGUUAGCUACCCUGACCCCAGAUAUUAGCCUGGUUUCUCUCUACAACAGAGUCAUUGUCAAGCCAAACAUUAGGCAUGACAAUUCCACAAGGAGUUUGCAAGAGAGCAGAAAAAUACUAGCCUCUAUCUAGCAUAUAGAAGUUAAAUACUGUAACACAACAAAUUUAUUUUGGACUAAUUGACCAACUGUAGUCUUAUGCUGUAUGUAGAAGACCAGAUGACAGUCAUUUGUUGUCUUUCUUGACUCAUUUUAGGCCCCAGAGUUUCUCCUGACCACGUGACCUGACUUAGUUGAGUGGAUAAGACUCAAGUGUUGUUACUUUCAUUUGAGUGAAUUUAUUUUGCAGAGUGACACCAACCUUUGAGUUGAUAGAUACUGUAUCUUGACAUGCAAAUGCCAUCUGUUAUAUCAGUUUGUUUGUUUGUUUAUAAAUGUCUGUAUUUUGUGUUCUUAGUCAGAUGAAAUUGCACUUAUUUUCAAUGUUGCUGUAAAUAUAAACUAUUCGAAUGCUUUUUUGAAAUAUUGUACAAUUGUAUCACUGAUUUUAUACUUUGUCCAAACUGUUUUCCAUUCACAAUGCCUUUUUAUGUAAAGCUUGAGCUCCUUUGUAUAUUGCAUAUUAUUCAUUAAUGAUAUUACUACAUUGAGAUUUGAUUGUUGUAAUUUGUGCUGUAACUUUCCCUUAAAACUCCUUAUGACUUAUUAGUGAUUUGG